AUGUCUUGCUGCACCACAAUUCCGGAGACAGUGGACAAGGGCCUUAACGAGAACGGGGAGUGCCUUGAGAGGACUGCCAAGGCUGUUAGGCUUUUUGAGAAGUCUAUUGCCGAAACCAUCAACCUCUACCAAGGGUUGAUGAACUCCUUUGAGAAGGUGGCAAGCGUCUUUACGGAACUUUCAGAUGAAAGCGACAGUCUCACCAUUCAACUUACUCGAGGGUUUGCAGAAGGAAUGAAGAAGCUGAGGGAUGGGAGUGCGAUGUCAUCAUUGCAGAUGGAUGUGACACAGUAUGUGAAGGAAGGGAUUCCACCCAUUUUGGCUGAGCAUGAGAGGCUUUACAAGUUCUACAAGCGCUUGCGGGAGAUGAAAAAGAAGGAGGAAUUGUAUCGCUUCAAGAUCGGCGAAACUGAGAAAGAAUAUGCAAGAAAGAACCGUCCACUUGCCGAAAGCAAGUCUUACAUAAAAUUGGGUAAAAGUCGUGACAAGGCGAGCCUUAAGUAUCAAGAAAAGAAGGAAGAAUUUGGUGUGGCCAUGAGUCAUUUCAAACGUCUCGUUGCAUCUUUUCUGGAGACCUCUUUGCCUGGAUACGCCGCGUGCAACAGCGGAUUCUCGAGGCACUUGGGGGAGGUGAUGGAAUCAUACUCGUCAGGCGGGGUACUGAGCAAAGCAGACAACGGAAGCGCCCUACACCAGCCGCAACACGAAAUGUCAGAGAAAGCUGACAACCACAACGCAGUGCAACCUGGAGAUGGCCCAAAGGAAGGGAAUCCGCUCACGCUUGAGGAGCGGUAUUACAGCCAAGAAGAAUGGGCUACCCAGUAA